UUGCGACUCUCUCUCUCUCUCUCUCUGUAAAGUCGUGCCUUAACAUCUGUUUUGUUGAGUUCACCACCAAAACCCUGAGAGAGAGACUAGAGAGUUAAUGGCGAACAGUAAUUUACCUCGAAGGAUAAUCAAGGAAACACAGCGUCUUCUCACUGAACCAGCUCCAGGAAUAAGUGCUUCGCCUUCAGAAGAUAACAUGCGAUAUUUCAAUGUAUUGAUACUUGGUCCAUCACAAUCUCCUUAUGAAGGAGGGGUAUUCAAAUUGGAAUUAUUUUUGCCUGAAGAAUAUCCAAUGGCUGCUCCCAAGGUCCGCUUCUUGACCAAAAUAUACCAUCCUAACAUUGAUAAGCUGGGGAGGAUAUGUCUGGAUAUUCUUAAAGAUAAAUGGAGUCCAGCCCUCCAGAUCCGAACAGUAUUGCUGAGUAUCCAAGCACUUCUUAGUGCUCCGAACCCAGAUGAUCCACUUUCAGAGAACAUUGCAAAGCAUUGGAAGAGAAAUGAAGCUGAAGCUGUUGAAACGGCAAAAGAGUGGACCCGUUUAUAUGCGACUGGUGCAUGAUGAUGGGUGCUUGUUUCUUGCAAGUAUUAUUAUUUCUGAAAUUGUAAGUGAAGCUGAACAGUUGUCUUUGGCUUUUUAAUGAAAGCUAAGAAAAUAUUGCAUGAACAGCCUGGAAUCAAUCUUCUUAAGGCUUUUUGGCACUGGUGGCUGUUAAUGUUUUUAAUGUAUUCCAAGGGCAUUUACUUUUUGUAGAUUAUAAUAAAAAUUUGUUGCUCAUA